CUCCUUCAAAAGGUGGAGUCUACUGUCGUGUUGAAAUGACGUUGCCUUGCACACGACUAUGUUUUGGCCGUCGCCCGGGGCGUGGUUUUAAGCCUCUAGUCUCCCCCCACCGAGUCAGUUAAACUGAAACGGGACCCGUAAGAAAUCAAAGCGAAUAACUUCUCUACUCUGGUAGAAAACGUAGGAGCGGAUUGUGUGUGCUUUUGAAAAAUGGGACUGAAGGAAGAGCUUUUAAAGCCAAUUUGGCACGCUUUCACUGCCUUGGACGUGGACAAAAGUGGCAAAGUAUCGAAAUCGCAGCUGAAAGUUCUGUCUCACAACUUGUGCACCUUGUUAAAGAUUCCCCACGAUCCAGUAGCACUGGAGGAUCACUUCAAGGAUGAUGAUGAAGGACCUGUUUCUAAUCAGGGAUAUAUGCCAUAUCUUAAUAAGUUUAUACUUGAUAAGGUCCAAGACAACUUUGACAAAGUGGAUUUCAAUCACAUGUGUUGGACCCUCUGUGCCAGGAAAAACCUGACAAAGAGAAGUCUGCUGAUCAGUGAGGAAGACUGUUUUAAAAUAUGGUGCAUAUUCAAUUUUCUUUCAGAAGACAAGUAUCCAUUAAUCAUUGUAACUGAAGAGGUUGAGUACUUUCUAAGGAAAUUAACUGAAGCAAUGGGUGGCAGUUGGAUAGAAGAGAAAUUUGAAGACUACAAAGGUCAAAUGAAUGCCAAACAACAGUGUCUUUCAGUUUGGGAGUUUAUUGAAGUGAUUGGCAUUGGAACAUUCAGCAAAGGCAUGGACCGGCAGACUCUGUCGAUGGGAAUUAAUGAAGUUUUCCAGGAACUAAUACUAGAUGUUUUGAAAAAGGGAUAUAUAUUUAAAAAAGGUCACAAAAGAAAAAAUUGGACAGAGCGGUGGUUUGUGUUGAAGCCCAGCCAUAUUUCAUAUUAUGUGAGUGAAGACUUAACAGAGAAGAAAGGGGAUAUCCUAUUGAAUGGAAACUGUUGUGUGGAGUCUCUUCCAGAUAAAGACGGGAAAAAAUGCCUUUUUCUCAUCAAGUGUUCAAGCAAAAGUUUUGAAAUAAGUGCCUCUGACAAAAAGAAGAAACAAGAAUGGAUACAAGCGAUUCAAACUGCUAUUAACUUGCUAAGUAUGGGCCUGCCAGCACCACACCAGGAAUCACGCGAGAAAAGAAAAGAACUGCGGCACAAGCAACAGAUUGAACAAGAAGAGUUGGAGCGAAGAAUGAAGGAACUGCAAUUAGCCAAUGAGAAAAAGCAACAAGAGCUGGAGUCUAUGAGAAAGAUAUUAGAAGAUGCUUCAAGAAAUGCAGCUGAAGAAAAAAGACGACUACAGACAGAACAUGAACUUCAAGAGAGAUACAGAAUGGAUCUUGAAAGAGAAAAAAUGGUAAUUAGCUUAGUGGAGGGAGAGGUUGCACAGAAGUCAUCAGAAUUGGACCAGUACUUACAAAGAGUUCAUGAGCUUGAAGUAAUGUACCGUAAUUUGGAGGAGGCUUUGGAUGAUGAAAGGCAAGCCAGACAAGAUGAGGAGACAGUCCGCAUACUUCAAUCAAGGCUGCUGGAGGAAGAGGCCAGCAAGCGUAAGGAACUGGAAAAAAUACACCUGCAGCAACAGAAAGCAAUUUCUGAGACAGAGGCAGAGAAGAUGGAACUGGAGCAACAGCGAAUUAUUAAAGAAAAUGCAUUACAAAAUGCCAUGUGUCAGUUGGAACACCUUGAACAAGAACGAAAAGAAGCACUACAGCAGUAUGAGGCUGUUAUGGAGAAGCUGGAGAAGGCAGCAAACACAACAAAGAGCUGGAAGGAUAAAGUAGCUCAGCAUGAAGGAUUAAUACGUCUUAUUCAACCUGGAUCAAAGGGUCCUCAACUGAUCACCAACUGGGGAGCAGCAGCUUUCACCGAGGCAGAACUAACCCAGAGGGAAAAAACUUGGCAAGAAAAAAAAGGCAGUGCCUCUCAGGUUCAGUAGAAGUAACUGUCUACUAUAGUGCAUACCUUAUUGAGAUUUUUAAGUAUGUCCAAAUACAUUUGGGGAAUGUCUAUUUGUAGACAUUGUAUAGGUAAUAUUAAUAAAAAAAAUCUGGAUAAAUUA